AUGGAUGGCUUUGGCCUUAGUUUCUCCAGUCAUUGGUUCCCCCCUCAGACAAGACCUCGACGCAGGACCACUAGAGCCAGACGUCUACAGGGGCACAGGGGGGAGCCCCCCCAGACCCCUCCAGGAGCCCCUCCCCCAGGAGGCCCCUCCCCCCCAGGAGCCCCCCACCUCGACCCUCCCCAGGAGCCCCCCCCCCCCCCCUCCCCACUACCCUCCCCAGGAGCCCCCCCCCACCCUCCCCAGGAGCCCCCCACUACCCUCCCCAGGAGCCCCCCACUACCCUCCCCAGGAGCCCCCCCCCCUCCAGGAACCCCCCCCCCUCAGGAACCCCCCACCUCAACCCUCCCCAGGAGCCCCACCACCCAGACCCUCCCCAGGACCCCCCCCCCCCAGGAGCCCCCUCUACUGAUUGUCACUGACGACCAUGAGAGUGGUUCUAGCUCCACCAGUCGCAGCGCCUCAGAGAGCUCCAAGACCCUUCCCAAGCCCCGCCGCCUCCAGCAGGCCGCCCCCUCCGACCCAGACCUGCCCCCAGGCUACGUCCAGAGUCUGAUCCGUCGACUGGUGAACAACGUCAACCUGGUCAACAACCUGAUCUUGAAGUACGUUGAGGACGACAUCGUCCUGUCGGUCAACAUCACCGAUCUUGAGAGUUACACCAUCCAUGAGUUCUGGGAACAUACCUUCAUGGACAUCACAGCUCCUGACCUGGUGCUUCGUAAAGUCAUCAACUUCAGCGACUGUACGGUGUGUCUGGAUAAGAGGACCGGCAGUGGGAAGAUCCAGUUCUACCAGGAUCCUCUCCUCUACAAGUGUUCCUUCAGGACCCGCCUCCACUUUACCUACCAUAACAUCAACUCUAAGAUCCCUGCUGUCAUCAAGAUCCAGACGAUGGUGGAGUCCCUGAAGCUGUCCAUCACAGACCAGCAGCUGCCCAUGUUCAUCAGGAUCAUGGAGCUGGUCCUCAGCCUCUACUAUGGAGAGAUAGGAGGAGGGAAGGACGGAGAGGCGGAGGAGGGGAGAGGUCAUGGAGAGGUCAUCACUACACCAGGUCUGGAAGGAGACCCAGAGGCCCAGGUCAUGGCAGGACAGUACCCCAGCCCAGAGCUUUACAUGCAGGGGGAGGAGGGGGACCAGGGCUGGGUGUCCUGGGCCUGGUCCUUCGUCCCAGCCAUCGUGGGAGCUGAGGAUGAGGAGGGAGAGGAAGGCUUCUACCAGCAGGGGGAGGAGGGAGGUCGGUCCAGCCCACAGCAGAACCCACCUAAAGACCCUGUUGUCUCCAUAGGCUUCUACUGCACCAAGGCCUCUGUCACAUUCAAGUUGACGGAGAUGCAGACGGAGAGCAGUUACUACAGUCCUCAGAAGAUGAAGAGCAGGGAGGGGCUCUGUCUGGAGCAGGAGGGCAUCACCAUGGAGGUGCUGAUGAUGGGGGAACCCUUCUUCGACUGUCAGAUCGGCAUCGUGGGCGUCCGGGCGCUCUGCCUGAAAGGCAUCAUGGGAGUGCGGGACUUUGAGGAGAACUUGAACAGACGGGAGGAGGAUGCAGUGUUCUUCAGCUGUGGAGAGAGUCUGAGCAGUAAAGGCAUGACCUACCUGACCAACUCCCUGUUCGACUACCGCUCUCCAGAGAACAACGGUGUCAGAGCAGAGUUCAUCCUGGAUGCCACCAAUCACAAGGUCAGAACUCACACAGGCCUUAUCGUGCACAAUUAUUAUCAUGUCCUCGUCAACCUGUUAGUCCUCAUCAACCUGUUAGUCCUCGUCAACCUGUUAGUCCUCCUGUUUAGUCAACCUGCCUUCUGUUACCUCUACACAGUGGAGACCAGCAGCACCAAGGUGUGUGUAGGGCAGCAGGACUUCACCAUGGCGACAGGGCCUAAAGAAGAACCGGUCCCCCCUGUCCAAGAGACGUCUGUCAAGAGGCUGGUGGUCGGACCUCUGGACUUACGGCUCGACAGCAGCGCCGUGCACCGCCUUCUCAAGAUGCUGGCCUGCGCCAUGGACCACGAGUACCAGCCCUACUACAAACCACAGCCAGACCCAGUGGAGGUGCCCCGGGCUCCAGCCUCCCAGGAGGAGGUAUCAGUGCUGGAGGAGUUUAUCCCUACCAGGCUGACCUGCCUCACCCUGCAGAAGGUCACUGUCACCCUCAACAUGGCCGAGUUCAACCUCCUACACACACUGAUUCCUGUCAUCAUGGGACAGAAGGCCCCACCAGGUCCGGUCAGUGUGCCAGUCUUCCAGGCGAUGAGGCCCCUGCCGGCCCUCAGGUUCCAGGUGGACAGCGUUAAUGUGGAGCACUCUGUUCCCAUGUUCGCCCCUGAGCUCAUCAACACCGUCUCCUCUCUCAGCCAGCCCUCUGAUAACCUGCUGCACCACUGUUAUACACACUGCUACCUCAAGGUGUUUGGCGUCCAGGCUGGUUUGACCUGUCUGGACAGUACAGGCAGUUUCCUCCCUCUGUCCCCUCUCAUCCCUUCCUUCAGUACAGCCCUCUACGGCAAGCUGCUCCAGAUGCCUCAGUACUGGACAAAGCGCUCGUCAGUCCUGAUGACAGAGUGCAUGUUUGAGCUGCCCAACUUCACGGUGCAGGCCACGCGUCCCCAGAUCCUGCUCCUUCAGGCCAUGCUGCAGAGCUGGACACACAGCCUGGAGGACGGUUCCUACCCUGGGGUCAACGAGGCCCUGCUCAGCCACGUCUACACGGCACCAGGUGUGAAGCCUCGGUCUCCUCCUCCGACCCUGGAGGCCUCGGUCCAGAACGUGGAGCUGAAGUUCUGCAGCAGAGCCACGGGGACCUGCGUUGGAGGGACCGUGGGAGCUGUUAAAGUGUGUGCCAGGACCCCAGGUUCACCAGAGGGUGUGAAGGAGAAGCUGGUUCCUCUGCUCCAGGGUCCAUCUGACACUAAAGAUCUUCACCAGAGUCGCUGGCUCAAUGAGAUCCGUAAACCUGAGUCCCUGCUGGCCCCUGACCUCCUGACCUUCUCAGUACAGAUACCCCAGCACGGGGUCGACGGCCGUACCUCCUCUGGUGCUGUGUUCCUGGUCAGCGUUCAGGGCAUUGCUGUGAACCUGGAUCCAGUCUUCAGCACAUGGAUCCUCCACCAGCCUCAGAAGAGGAGCAGCAGGCAACAGGCUGCCGUGCCGGUUCCCGUGUCCAUGUCCAAGCGGAGGGAGGACGAGGUGUCUGUGGGGAGCAUGCCAUUCGCCAAGCAGCCAUCCAAUCAGGCCUCAGACUACGCCAGCAGCCCGGUCAAGACCAAGACUGUCACAGAGUCCCGUCCUCUGUCCAUCCCUAUGAAGGUGAUGCCUUCCUCUCCAGAGACCUGGACCCCAGAGGAACGUAUGAAGGAGCUGAUCUCUCACGUCUGGGACGCUGUCAAACGACUCACACUACAGUUGGAUCUCCAGUCAUGCUGUGUGUUCCUCCCCAACGACAGCCUCCCCUCUCCCAGCACCAUUAUCUGUGGAGACAUCCCCGGUACUGUCCGUAGCUGGUACCACAACCAGGCCACCAUGCCUGGGACUCUGGUAGUCUGCCUGCCCCAUAUCACUGUGCUGUCUGCUGGACACAAAUACAUGGAGCCCCUGCAAGACCUCCCCUUCAUGGUGUCCAGGCCCAUACUGGAGGAAGGUGAUGCCUUCCCGUGGACCAUAACCCUGAGCCAGUUCAGUGUGUACACCCUGUUGGGUCAGCAGCGGUCUCUGAGUCUCCUGGAGCCGAUGGGCUGUACCUCCACCCUGGCCGUCACCUCCCACAAGCUGCAGGCCGCGGGCCCCGAAGGACGACAUGCCUUCAUCGUCUGUCUGCACGUCGACCUGGAACCUCUGAACAUCAAGGUCUCUAACCCCCAGGUCCAGUUGCUGUAUGAGUUGUUCCUCUCCUGGAGUUCAACGUGGGCCCGUCUGGAGAAGAGGGGAGUCCUGCGUCAGACCUCCACUAUCCCAGACCCCCCCACCGGGCCGGCCCACUCCUCCCCCGUCCGCUCCAGCACCGCUCUCCCAGACACCAGCACCUGCUCCCCCUCCGCUGAGUUUGGCUCCCCCACCGAGGGUGACUCUGUUCCAGCGGGUGAUGACUCUCCGUUCUCCGACGCGGUGACCCUGGAGCAGAAGACCAGCAGCAUAGGGGGGGCCAGCGGGAAGGUCAGCCUGUGGAUGCAGUGGAUGCUGGCCAAGGUCACCGUCAAGCUGUUCGCUCCCGACCCCAACGCCAAAAACACAGAGAUCUGUGUGAUCAGUGAGGCUGAGGAUCUCAGUGCGUCAGUAGAUGUUCAGGAUGUUUACACCAAGAUCAAAUGUAAAGUGGGCAGCUUCAACAUGGACCAGUACCAGACCAGUCCAGAGGAGGGGUCUGGUCUUGCAGUGGGCCGCUGUGGAGGGGUUGUCCUGUCUUGUACUGAUAAGCUGAACAGAUGUACGGUGUUGGUUCGCCCCGUCAGCAAACAGGACUCCUUCUGUCACCUCUCUGGCUUCCUUCCGCCCACAGCAGCCAAGGUCCUGGAGGUUUCCUCCCACCAGCAGCACGGAUUCCUGUCCAUCACAUACACCCAGGCGGUCACCAGAAACGUCCGCCACAAGUUGACCACGCGGCUGGAACGAGAGGAUCCUCGCGGGGCCCAGCGUCUGACGGAGGGUCUGGCUGACGGGUCUCCCCACUACCUGAGAGAGAUCCUGCUGACCGCCCAACCUUUUGACCUUGUCCUCUCCUGUCCCUUCCUGGCCACCGUAGCCGGGGUGUUCCACGCCUCGCUGCCACGACGAUACCGGGACCUCGGCAAAACGGCGGGCCAGCCGAUGAGAAGUCACACCCUGACGUCACGCAGCCUGCCGCUGCUCUAUGUCAACACAUCGGUGAUCAGGGUGUUUUGUCCCUGGAACCCGGACGGACAGGACAUACACACAGAACCCCAGCUGAGGAGAGAGAGAGAGGACACUCUGGUACUGAAGAUAGGUUCUGUCAGCGUGGCCCCCCAGGCAGAUAACCCUCUGACCAGAACCGUGCUGCGCAAGGACAUCUACCAGCGAGCGUUGAACCUGGGCAUCCUACGCGACCCGGGGUCAGAGGUGGAGGACCGUCAGUACCAGCUGGAUCUGCAGUCCGUCAACAUCGGUACCGCCCAAUGGGAGCAGCUCAAACCAGAGAAGGAGGGGUCUAAGGGGGGCGUGUCCACCGAGACAGAGAGGAACUCACAGAACCCUGCCCUGGAAUGGAACAUGGCCAGCAGUCUCAGGAGACACCAGGAGAGGAGAGCCAUCGUCACCCCCAUCCUGACGGACUUCUCUGUCAGAGUGACAGCAGCACCUGCCAUCAUAUUCAGCAAGCCCAGAUCCCCUGACAACAGACAAGUGGAGGAGGUGCUGGUGUGUGGUCACUCCCUGGAGGUGAACGUAACAUCUAGUCUGCAGUUCUUCCUCAGUGUGGCCCAGGUCCACCUGCUGCAGCUGCUGUUCCAAGCCAACAUGGUGGAGGGACCUGCCCCAGAGACCAACCAGGUGCAGCGUGGGGAGCAGCAGUGUCAUUCCUCGGCGGGGCCUUGCGGUGUGGACUCGGCGUCCAGUCGCAGCGGGCUCCAGGACAGUGGGUUCGGCAGCGACAGCGCCAGGAUCCGUAUCAUCCAGAUGGAGCAGCAGAGCGGAGGCUCCCAACACCGAAUCGCUCGACCCUCCAGGAAGUCCACCGUCAUCAAGAACCUCUCCUUCGUCCCCUUCGACGUCUUCCUGACCGCCAGUAAACUCUCUGUCAUGACCUACGCCUGCUCCACUCUAUCCAAGACCCCCCCCGCCUCGCCGGAGAAGAAGGUUGGAGACGGGACGACAGGGAAGAGUGCCCUGAACCAGCCAGACACCAUCCCAGCCUCCUCCUCCUCCCCAGGCCCUCCUACCCUGGUCCCUCUGUCAGGCCUGACAGCAGAGGACCUCCUAAACAGUAACAACGUUCCCCAGGAGCCCCGCGGUUCACUCCUCUCCCUGGACUCCCUGCCCGCCCCCAGCCGCUACUCGGCCCGCCAGGCCCUGGGGGUCACCAUCGUGAGGCAGCCUGGGAGGAGAGGGGCUGGAGACCGGGUCCUGGAGCCCCUACUGUACCUCCAGGUGGUCCAGCCGUCGGCCCUGCUCAGCUGCCACCACCGUAAGCAGAGGCUGGACGUGUCUGUGUUCGAUGUGUCUCUGAGGGGAGUCUCCUCUGACUAUAAGUGUCUGGAUCCAGGAAAGUCUCUCCCAGAGGUAUUAGACUACAGUGUGUUGUGGGUCCAGACUGUAUCAGGAGAGUCUGACAGUCAGACAGGUGUCCCCCCUCCUCUGGCCUGUCUGCAGAUCAGAGACUUCCUCAGUGGACCAGCGGAGCUGAACGUGGAGCUGUCCCGGCCCCUGAAGGUGAACCCUACGCUGGUGAAACUGGAGCAGACCAAGGCCUACCUGAGGAGGGUUCUACCUCAUCACUACUGGGAGGCUCCCAAACCCCCCUCCACCCCUCAUUCCUCCCCCAGUAGGACCUCGUCCUCCUCUCCCCCUCGUCCCGACCCCUCCCACCUCAGCUCCCUAAGAGCCCUGGCACCCUUCCACAAGGUGUCCCUCCGCACCGCCCAGAUCGUGGUUGUCAUGGAGACCGAGUCGCACCCUGCCCGGCCCAGCCUGUCCUGGUCGGUGGCGGCUAUGAAGAGUACCAUGGACAUGAAGACUGGGCCCAAGCUAGACGACCCGGUCCAGUCAGUCUCAGUGCUGUUGGAGCUGCAGGAUAUCCUGUUGAGGACGGGUCUGAAGGAUCGGAGCCGUCUGCUGCUGGGGCCUUUCUCCUGUAGCGCCGCCCUAGAGGCCAGGUGGUGUAGGCACAGCAGCAGUCCUGAACCUGAGACUGGGACCCCUAAACUACUGCUGGACCUGAAGGGAGGCCUACUGCAGGUGUUCUGGGGCCAGGAGCAUGUAAACUGUCUGCGGCUGGUGUAUGAGCACCUGCAGGCCUACCUCCAGAGGAACCAGGGAUCUGGGUCAGGGUCUGGGACUGGGUCUGGGACUGGGACUGGGUCUGGGGCUGGGGCUGGAGCUGAAGAGGAAAAGCCCCCCUCCCCUGAAUCCCCCUCCCCCAGGACAGAACACAGCUCUGACGACCUCCGCACCGGGCUGUUCCAGUACAUACAGAACUCAGCCUAUCAGAAACUACCUGGUCCAUAUGAGGUUGUGUUCUAUAACGAAACAGACGACAGUCCCGGCGUCAUGCUGUGGCGUUACCCAGAAUCCCGUGUGUUGACCUUCGUACGCAUCACUCCAGUCCCCUUCAAUACCACCGAGGACCCCGAGAUCAGCACUGCAGACCUGGGAGACAGACUAAAGGUGCCGUGCAGCCUGGAGUAUUGGGACGAGCUCCAGCACGCCUUCGUCCCCUACCGAGAGUUCAGCCUAUCAGAGAGUAGCGCCUGCGAGCUGACCCUGCCCAGCCUGACGCUGACCAAUGAGCAGAAGGAUCUGGUGACCUCUGACCUGUGGAGGAUCGUCCUCAACAACAACCCAGAUGGAGGAGACGAACAGAGUUCUGACAGUGAGUCAGGUUCUCAGCAGGGUUCCUCGGGGUCCCAGCUUCUGCCCUGUGACCAGCUGGUGUCCCCCACGGCGCUUGCAGCUUGUACCCGUGUCGACUCCUGCUUCGCCCCCUGGUCCGUGCCCUCCCUGGGCGUGUCUCUCACCCUGGCACAGAUACAGCUGCACCUCUACCACCACCUGGAGCAGCUGGGCACAGCGCCGUCACGUCGACUCCGCCCCUUCCUGCCGGACAGGAAGUUGCCCCAGGAGCAAGAGUACCUGGUCAUCGGGUCACAGGAGCCGCGACUGUACCUCCGCCAGUGGAGCGGCGCCGCCCGGCUCCGCCAGGAGAUCCAGUUCUCCACCGAGCUGGACUGCAGACUGUUGGAGUACCGGAACUUGACUUGGCUCUGCCUGCUGCAGCCGUUCAUACUGCAGGGUCAGGCUGCGGUCACACGCUGCUCCAACAACGUCCUCCUGGACGGGAACGUCUUCGUUGACCCGGUCUUCAUCAACAUCAGCCAGAACACCGUUCACAGUCUGGAUACAGCCCUACGGGGCUGGCAACAGAACGGGGAUGAAGGUGCAGAGGAGUUGUUGAUCAGUCACCAUGUGCUCUGUAACGACACCCAGGAGACCCUGAGGUUUGGCCAGGUGGACACUGAUGAGAACGUCCUGCUGCCCUCCUCACACAGCCACCAGUACAGCUGGAGGAGCCACAAGUCACCACAGCUCCUUCAUAUCUGUAUAGAGGGCUGGGGUAACUGGCGUUGGUCUGAGGCCUUCAGUGUGGACAACGUGGGGACUCUGUUGAGGACUAUUCAAUAUAAAGGACGGACUGCCUCGCUCAUCAUCAAGGUGUUGCAGCUCAACGGUGUCCAGAAACAGGUAAUCAUCUGUGGUCGUCAGGUGAUGUGUAGUUACCUGUCCCAGGACAUUGAUCUGCGGGUGGUGCAGCACUAUGUGAAUCCAGAAGGCCAGACGGUGGUUAAGGAACAUGUUGACUGCCUGGAGGCUGGGAGGAAGCUGCCCUCCUACGUGCUGGAGGACUCAGAGCUGACAGAGCUGUGUGUCAGAGCCAGAGGAGAUGAGGACUGGUCUCGGGAUGUCAGACUGGAGAGGAAGGAGAAGGAGAGGGGGAGUAGCUCUGUGGUACAGGUUCCUUGUUCCAGCUCUCUCGUUGCUCUCGUGUGGUGCACCCUGAUCACCAUGGAAACGGACUCUCACAUGCAGCAGAGAGUGGUUGUAUUUAGUCCUCUGUUCAUGAUGCGUAGCCACCUUCCAGACCCUGUCAUCAUCCACACAGAGAAGAGAAGUCUGGGGCUGAGAGAGAGUCAGCUGAUCCAGGGACAGGGUCACCAGGAACAACUACUGAACACUGAGAAUGACCUGACACACCACCUCACCUUCCAGGCCAGUGAGGACGAGGAUGCGUCUCACUGUGCGGUGCCCAUCUCCACCGGUGUGAUCAAACAGAUAGUGAACAGGAACCAGGCUGCGUUGGAGGACAGCCAGGACCACAUACUGGCAGACUUCUACGGUCUGAGGAACAACAGCCAGCCUCCAUGGCCCUACGUCAGCAAGGACACAGACAGGCCUGGAUCAGAGGUCCUAGCCCAGUGGGACAGCCCCAUGCAGGUGAAGUUGUCAGCCUGGAAGCCUGGUCUCAACACUCUUCUAGUAGAGCUCAUCCCCUGGGCCCUGUUGACCAACCACUCUACAUGGGACCUCUGGCUGUUUGAAGGAGAGAACAUCGUCCUGCAGAUACCCGCUGGAAAGACCCUCGUUCCUCCUAACUUCAAGGAGGCGUUUCAGCUGGGUAUCUACUGGUCCGACACUAACACGGUCCAUAAGUCCACAGCCCUGAAGCUGGUCCAUGACCUGACGUCUCCCUGGAAGGAGGGUGUCAGUCCUGAGGUCCUCACACUGGACGAGGAGGGCUAUGUGGAGGCAGAGACCCUAGGGAGGAACCCUGGUAGACAGAAGGUUUGUCAGUUCUGCGUGUCGUCUGUGGUGAGACACGGCAUCCAGAUUAUCCAGAUAGAAGACAGGACCAUCCUGGUUAACAACCCCUACUUCCUGUCAUAUAGAGCCCUACUGUCUGACCAGGCCCUGGGGACCACAGACCAGGCCUGUUCUCUCCCAGAUACAGCGGUGUUCAGCCUUGCCCCAGCGGGAGAGAACACACCUUCCACACCUGUCUCUGUGGCCUGCUGGGACCUGCUGAGGAAGAGGGGAGAUCCUCAGUUCCCUCUACCAAGCAGACACAUGAUGUUCAGCUGCCUGCCCACCACAGACCCUGGACCUGUAGCUGGGUCUGAGUCCUGGACUCCGGCCCCCAUCAGACCUGACUUCCCCAGGCAGAGUGUGGCCGUCCCUGGGGAGAUCUGCAGUAGCAGUGGCCUGAGCACCAGAGCGUUGGUGAUGACGUGUCAGGAACACCUGGGCGUCACCUACGUGACGCUGAACGAGGACCCCUGUCCUCACAUGGUCAUCCACAAUCAGACCCCUCUCUCUAUGCUGCUCAGGGAGAAUGUCAAGGAACCCCCCAGGACAGAGGUGUACUGCCGCCCCCCCCUGCCUCCCUCCACCCCUCUCCACCAUGGCCUCUACCACCACUUCUCCAGCUUCCCCGCCUGCAGCAGAGAGCCUCUACCGACCGUGCGGCUGAAGACCAGUCCUGACCCCAACAGUCUGCCGCCCGGCGACCUGCAGCGUCUCCCGGAGUGGAGCGACCCCGUGGACAUCAACUGCCCCGGCACACAGGUGGUUUUCCUACCAGGGUUUGGCUGUCUCUACAUAGAUGUCGUCCAUCAGGAUGGCACAAUCAUCCUUACCCUGGCACCAGAGGGCAGCGUGGACUCUGUCAUGAGCCUGCACAACAGGACGUCCAAUCGGAAGCUGGCAUUCAGGGUGUUGCUGAGCGAGGCCAGUGUGUCGCUGAGUGAUGACAUCACCAGCCGUGGAGCUCUUGAGGGUCUGUCCAAGCUGGAACCUGCUGCUUGAGGCAUGGGGCUGGUCACCGCUGGGAUGGGAGAGGCCUGUCUGGUCGAAGUCCACUGUGCCAGCCUGCAGGUGGAUAACCAGCUGUAUAACCGUGCCAGCUUCCACUUCCCAGUGUUGUUGUGCCAGGAGCAGUGUGUGGAGCUCCCCCUCUGGACCAGCGACGCAAACCCCACCACCUCACUACAGGCCAUGGAGGAGUUUAAGGCGUCGUGCUUCCUCCAGCUGGGCCUCACCUUGGACAGGGAGGGCUACAGUGUGGACCAGCUGACCUUCCACAUCAAACCAGCCCGUCUCUACCUAGAGGACACCUUCGUCUACUACAUCAAGACCCUGUCUCACACCUACAUCCCAGACUCAGCCCUGGCCCCUUCCCCGGGCCCUAACCCCUCGGAACGCUACGGGGGUCCCCUGCUCCCGGAGACCGUCCUUCAGGCCAUCCCAGCCCUGGUGCGCCCUCUGAGGCUGCAGCGCCUGGUCAUUCAGCCGGUCGAUGUGUUGGUCAGCGUCCACGCCUCUCUGAAGCUCUACAUCGCCUCCGACCACACGCCGUUGUCCUUCUCCCUGUUCGACAGAGGGCCGCUCUGUACGACAGCCAGGCAGCUGAUCCACGCACUCACCAUGCACUACGCUGCCGGGGCGCUGUUCAGGGCUGGCUGGGUGGUGGGGUCUCUGGAUCUCCUUGGUAGUCCUGCCAGUCUGGUGAGGUCCUUCGGUAAUGGAGUAGCAGACUUCUUCCGUCUGCCAUACGAGGGUUUGACCCGGGGCCCCGGGGCCUUCGUCAGCGGAGUGUCACGAGGAACCACCUCAUUCGUCAAACACAUCUCUAAAGGCACGCUGACGUCCAUCACCAACCUGGCGACCAGCCUGGCCAGGAACAUGGACCGGCUGUCCCUGGACGAGGAGCACUAUACCAGGCAGGAGGAGUGGAGGAGGCAGCUCCCUGAGAGCCUGGGGGACGGACUCAGACAGGGCCUGUCGAGACUGGGCAUCAGCCUACUGGGAGCGAUAGCUGGCAUCGUGGACCAGCCCAUGCAGAACUUCCAGCGGGGUUCAGAGAUGCAGAGUUCAGCAGGCACCAAGGCCAAAGGGGUCAUCUCUGGGGUGGGGAAAGGCAUUGUGGGGGUCUUUACCAAACCGAUAGGGGGCGCUGCAGAGCUGGUCUCGCAGACGGGAUACGGUAUCCUUCAUGGGGCUGGUCUCUGGCAGCUCCCCAAACAGCUGUACCUCCCAGUAGACCAGAAGUCAGCCCUCGCGCCCAACAGUCACGUUAAAUACGUCUGGAAGAUGCUCCAGUCCCUGGGUCGUCCGGAGGUUCACAUGUCCCUGGAGGUGGUGAUCGUGUCCGGGUCGGGUCAGGAGCAUGCUGGGUGUCUGCUGCUGACAGGGGAGGUGGUGUUUGUGGUCAGUCUGUCUGAAGACACACAGCAGCAGGCCUUCCCCAUCACCGAGGUGGCCUGUCAACAAGACCCCCACCACCUGGGAGCGCUGACCCUCACGCUGCAGCAGCAGAGACUCAAUGAUGUAGAGGGUGACAGUGGGAGGGAGUGGUUGUCAGAGCAGCAGUAUGGUCGCCUGGUGGACUAUGUGACUCGUGCGUCUGCGUUCCUCUCCCCAUCGGCCUCGUCCCUCCAGCAGGCUCCUCCCAUCACCCCGGCCGAGCCUCCGCCCGCCGUCACCAAGACCUACCGUUACCUGGUCAGCCCCGCCCACGCCGCCGUGUUCGUCUCCAAGUUCACCAUGGUCAAGAACAAGGCGCUGCGCAUCGGCUUCCACUGACACACACACCUUUACAGAGACCCUGACACACACACCUUUACAGAGACCCUGACACACACUCGUACAGACACACACACACACCUGUUGUACUCUCUCUUUCGGUUGAACAUCCACAAACUGCCUUUAGAGUGUAAUGUCCUCCGUGCAAUAAGAAACAGUGCAGCCUCUCAUAGAACAAGGGAAGAGGGUUUCAACUUUCAUUUAGUCUUCAACAUUUCAAUAAACAACCUGUGGCAGUGAACAUUAAUGUCGAGGAGACUGGAGGGGCUACAGUACGUUCCAAAUGCCACCCUAAUCCCUAUAUAGUGCAUUACUAUAGACCAGGACCCACCCUAAUCGCUAUAUAGUGCACUACUAUAGACCAGGACCCACGCUAAUCGCUAUAUAGUGCACUACUAUAGACCAGGAACCAAUGCCACCCUAAUCCCUAUAUAUAGUGCACUACUAUAGCCCAGGCCUCACCCUAAUCCCUACAUAGUGCACUACUAUAGCCCAGGAACCAAUGCCACCCUAAUCCCUACAUAGUGCACUACUAUAGCCCAGGAACCAAUGCCACCCUAAUCCCUACAUAGUGCACUACUAUAGCCCAGGAACCAAUGCCACCCUAAUCCCUACAUAGUGCACUACUAUAGCCCAGGAACCAAUGCCACCCUAAUCCCUACAUAGUGCACUACUAUAGCCCAGGAACCAAUGCCACCCUAAUCCCUACAUAGUGCACUACUAUAGCCCAGGAACCAAUGCCACCCUAAUCCCUACAUAGUGCACUACUAUAGCCCAGGAACCACCCUAAUCCCUACAUAGUGCACUACUAUAGCCCAGGAACCACCCUAAUCCCUACAUAGGGCACUACUAUAGCCCAGGAACCAAUGCCACCCUAAUCCCUACAUAGUGCACUACUAUAGCCCAGGAACCAAUGCCACCCUAAUCCCUACAUAGUGCACUACUAUAGCCCAGGAACCAAUGCCACCCUAAUCCCUACAUAGUGCACUACUAUAGCCCAGACCCCAUAGGCCCCUGUGCUGGGAAUAGGUUGCCAUUCGGUCGUCACAUUGCCCUGAACCGAGUGUCUCCGAGCUCUUUAUUCCUAACUGAGCUGU